GCGACACCAACAACUUUUUGCAGAUCGACCGCCCGAUUGAACUGCACGAUUUCUGGGCUCUCCAAUAUGGCUGACCUCAAUGGCACUCCGAAACUGAAAAGGAAGGGGGAGACUACCGAAGGGCAGCGCAAGAAAGCCAAGACGCAGAAAAAAGGUCAAAACGAAGCCGCAACGCCCGUCAAAGAAGCUGCGACUGCAGUAUCCGAGUCCGGAUCGGCUCAAAAGGCUGCUGUGACCCCUACUCCCAAGAAAGGCUCCAAGUCGGGUCCUCGCAAUUCGAUCGAAAACGCCAUUACCUCCACCCCCACCGCCACAGGGACACCGGCUAGCUCUCGUAAAGAGAAGAACCGUGCAGACACGAAAAAACAUAAGAAGAAGGAUGCUGCAGCUGCCGACAAGGAGGAAACCAACCAAACUACCAUUCAAGUUCUGCCCGUGAACGGCGAUGCGGAGACCUCGAAGCAGAAGAGCAAAUCGAAGAAGCUCAAGGAAAAGACUUCCGAACCUUGGUCCAUAUCCGAGGCACAGGGCGGAUGGUUCCUCCCUCAAGACCCAAUCUUCUCUGUCGACGAAAAACACCUCCUUCUCCAAAAACCCAAGGCUUUGGAAGUGUAUGCCGCCGACACGUCUCUGCUGGUACGAGAGCUUCCCGUAGGCGGCUCGGGCGUCAUUCUAGCUUCCGCUCUAUCUACCUCGAGACCGAAUCAAGUCUACAUCACCGAGUCGAACGGAAUCGUUACAUUGUGGGACUGGACUGACGGCUCCAAAGUUGCUCGGUGGGAUAUCAGUGCAAAAGUCCAAUGCGUUGCUGUAGUGAACGCGCCGGACUCUGAUCAGGAUCUGCUUUUUUCUUACGAAGCUGGAAACAACCAUGCCAUCACCAUCCACGCUCUACGACAGAAGGGAGAUGCUUCCAAGACCGAGUUCAAACGGAUACUCAAACUCUCAAAUGCCAUUACCAAUCUCCAGGUGCUGUUGGAAGGCAAGAUCGUGAUCCUGAGCACUGUCGACCGGGUAUUGGUCGGCAGACGGAACAAGGUUCAUAAGACUGCUAUUCAAGAGUUCGAAUACACAUGGAGGGAGCUCGAAAUGUCGAAAAGAAUCACAACCGUCAGUGCGUUCGUUCGACCACCCCGCACAGAGAAGGGCAAGACCCUGCCAACAGACCCACGGGAUCACUUGGAUCUUGCGGUUGGUGACGAAGAAGGAGUGAUCCAUCUAUUCGAGAAUGUCAUAGCUUCCUUCACAGCGAUUGAGCGGGCCCAAAAAGCGAAGACAGGCAAAGCGAUUGGGCUAGAGAACUUCCACCCGAAACGAUUGCAUUGGCACAGAGACGCUGUAGGUGCGGUGAAAUGGUCUGCGGAUGGCAAUUAUCUCAUCUCCGGCGGUGAGGAAACGGUUCUCACCAUAUGGCAACUAUCUACCGGACAACGGCAAUUCCUACCUCAUCUUACUGCGGCUAUCGAGAACAUUGUAGUCUCCCCUACAGGCACAUCCUACAGCAUCUCUCUUGCCAACAAUUCGUUGAUUGUUCUAUCGACAUCAGAACUUGAGCCCAAGACAAAUAUCAUUGGUAUUCAAUCUCGUCGAUUGAAUCCCGAUCAGAUUUCUCGCGACUCUCAAGCACUCAUCGGUUCAGUCCCCUUUGCUGUGGAUCCCAAGCGUCAUGGGCAUGUUGUGUUUUCUACCCCUUCAUCGCAACCUCGUCGUCACCAAAAAGGUUUCCUUGCCGAACCAUACGCUCAAACGUUUGAUAUCACUACUCGUCGACCAGUCGCCCGGCAAGCCCUUACCCGUAACAAUGCUACUGAUCCAAACAUGGCUCCCGAUGGCCGAAAGAUUCAUGAACCAAAUGUCAAAUUUUUGCAGAUCAGUCAAGAUGGUACAUGGUUGGCCACCGUUGACGAAUGGACUCCUCCACGUGCAGACAUGACUCACAUAGAAGAGGGGACAUCUGCUUUCAAUGAGGAAGAGCGUAUUCUGCGUCGCCAGGUAUAUCUCAAGAUUUGGCGAUGGGAUGAAAAGGGCAUGCAAUGGGUGCUAGAUUCACGUAUCGACGCACCACACCAUCACGACGAUAUUGCUGCCCACGCUCAAGUCUUUGACUUGGUGGCGGAUCCUUCCGGCGCUGGCUUUGCUACCGUCGGCGGGGAUAGGGUAGUACGACUAUGGCGACCGAAAACCAGGCUUCGAAAUGGAACAGUUGUUCGUGGAUCAGACAAAGCCCAGGGAUUAGUGACCUGGUCGUUGGACGGCUCAAUCAAGAUUGCCAACCCGAUUGAUGCGGCUGAUAGUACAACCACUUUACGAACCUCUCGUUUGGCAUUUUCAGCGGAUGGUUCUGUCUUGCUAGCUGGAAUCUCUUGGUCCUCCGAAAUAGAUACCGGAGUUAUCCAUGUCAUCGACACGGAAGCAAGCGCCAUCCGCCGUUCAAUCACUGAGAUAGAUAUGACAACCUUCUCAGGGCUAGGCAUUAUCGGCCGACAUCUGAUCGUCCUUGGCAAUGCUGUUGUGGUCUGGGACAUGGUCACGGACCAGUUUCUACACAGCUAUCCUAUCGGGGCAGCCGGCAGACUCGCAGUUCACGAAGAGGAUAACACAUUUGCUGUCGCUGUACCCCGUUUUGAAAAAGAAAAAGGAGGCUCCACGAGGAUCGUUCUCUUUGAGCCCAGCCAGCCAAAAGCCCGUUGGGAACGUAGCGUAUCCGGAGUCGUCCUAGCUUUUGCGCCUGUGAAGAAUGGCCGUGGCUACAUCAUUCUGGACUCAUCUUCGAGCCUUCGAACCAUCAACCCCAAGUCCAAUGCGGUGAAACUUCCCACUCCUCCACCGGAGGCAACAGCGACUCCUCCCGCUGAUGAAAUGGAACUGGAUAUGGAAGAAUCGGAUGCGAACGAUACUGUGCAGUUUGACACAAACGAGGAGCUUCUUCUUCAAUCAGACAACGACAAGCCUGUUGUUAGGCCAGAACAACUGCAAGAGAUUUUCGAGAGCAGAGCUUCUCACACUCUCCCUCCAGUGCGGGACUUGUUUGACGCAGUAGUAGGAUUAUAUGCCCGGAAACCUAGAGCAUCUAGUGCCGCAUAG